GUAAAAAAGGAAACGUUAACUGCCGCAAGAAGCCUGAGCCGAAGCCCGUCUGUUUGUGUUGAAUUUUUUUUUUGUAAAAGGCGACUUACCAUAACCAAAAUGAGCACUGAUAUUUAUGAAACGCUUUAACUUGACUGCCAACAAUGGUAGUUAACCUUGAAUCAACUCGGGGACAGAUUCAGCUUGUGAAACUGCCACGGAGAAGAAUGCCGUUGCUGUUUCUCUAGCUAGCUAAGUUAGCGUUAGCUUUCAGGAUGGGCAACUGAACGCUAACCGAGCAGGCGACAUAUCACCGUACAAUGACUGAACCUUGAGAGUACAGUCUCUUGAAAACGCGACGGAGAAACAAUAGUUUUGUGUGUGCCUUUAGCUACCUCCGAACCGUGUCGAUACAGUUUACAAGAUGAAGAACUGCGAGUAUCAACAGAUCGACCCACGGGCGCUGUCGGUGUCCCCCGCGUCCGCACUGAAUCAUACCGAGAAGAAGGUGCAGCGGUCGCUGAGGAAAUGGGAGGUGUUCCCGGGGAAGAACAGGUUUUUCUGCGAUGGACGGAUCAUCCUGGCUAGACAGAGCGGUGUCCUUCCUCUGACACUGGGCCUUAUUGUUGUCACGUGUGGCCUUUUCUUUGCAUUUGAUUGCCCAUUCCUGGUGAAGCACCUCACCAUCUUCAUACCUGUGAUUGGUGGGGUGCUCUUUGUGUUUGUGGUCAUCUCCCUGCUGAGAACCAGCUUUACAGACCCAGGCAUCUUGCCUAGGGCCACACCAGAUGAAGCAGCAGACAUAGAGAAGCAGAUAGAUACCUCAGGAUCCUCUACAUAUCGCCCCCCUCCGCGAACUAAGGAGAUCCUCAUCAACCAGCAGGUGGUAAAGCUCAAAUACUGCUUCACUUGUAAAAUGUUCCGCCCUCCUCGGACCUCCCACUGCAGCCUGUGUGACAACUGUGUGGAACGAUUUGAUCACCACUGCCCGUGGGUGGGAAACUGCGUGGGCAAACGCAAUUACCGCUUUUUCUACAGCUUUAUCAUCUCUCUGUCUUUUCUGACAUCUUUCAUUUUCGGCUGUGUCGUCACACACAUUACCCUGCGUUCUCAGGCGGGUAAAAGCCUUGUUCAAGCCAUUCAGGAGAGCCCUGCCAGUGUGGUGGAGUUGGUGAUUUGUUUCUUCUCCAUCUGGUCUAUUCUGGGCCUCUCAGGCUUCCAUACAUACUUAGUAGCCUCCAACCUCACAACAAAUGAAGACAUAAAGGGCUCCUGGUCAAGUAAAAGGUGUGCAGAGGAUUCUGGGAACCCGUACAGUUACAACAGUAUUAUAACAAAUUGCUGUGCGACCUUAUGUGGCCCCAUGCCCCCGAGUUUGAUUGACAGAAGAGGUUUCCUGCCUUUUGAUGAGGCGACCCCCACUGCUUCAGCCUCGGAGAUAGAGCUGCCUCCCUUCGGGGCCAAGAAUGACGCACACAUGUGCACUCAGAGCACCAAGGACAUGCUGGAGAGGAUGGUCCACUCCUACGACUCUCACGGCCUGUGCCCCCCUGGCACCCCAAAGACCACCCCUCUGGACCUGGAGAUUUCCAGCACGGUGGAACCUUCCACAGAGCCUUCACUCUCUGCUGGCUGCUCACGACAGCACUCCCGCCAGCCCAUGUCCGCUCCUUGCCCGCCUUUCAGCAGAAGCAGCAAGAGGAGGGACUCGCUGCACUCAAUCAACCCAGCCUUCCGCCUGGCUUCGCCCUCCCCGUCGCUGAGCCGCACCACCUUGAUUCUGGGCGAUGCACCUGACAUUGGCUUCAUCCCGCUACCCUGAGGGCGCCAAGUAAGAGAACAGAAGUAGCAUACUCAGUGCCGCUUUCUAUCUGUGGCUACAACGAACUUUUUCACAGUGGUGGUGGUCAUGUUGUGUGUUUGGUAUCUCAAGAUGUUCUGAUGAGCUGAUUACAUGGAGGGUUUUUAUGUUAUGUGAGUUUUAUCACCCAAUGUCCUACUACAUGUGUCCUUCAAGAUGAAGGUAAAUCUUAGUAAUACUCUGAAGCACAAUAUAGAGAUAUAUUUUUAACACCUUUUUAUUGAGACACCCAGAACAUGCCUCCACACCUUCCACAGAACCUCAAGCUUAUACGUCACCUCGGCAGUGUUUAUGUUCUUGCUAAUAUAUUAUGCAAACAGGUAUAUAAGUCUGGGAAUAUAUACAGUGUGAGUGUGGAUGCAAAAAGUACAGACACAAAUGUUUGGAUUUACUGAACUGGAUAGCGAGUUACUUCAGGAUUAUCAACUAAAGAGUUGGCCUUACUCGAUGUCCUGCCAUUUCCAGUCAUCUUGAUCUAGAUCAUCGCAGUGUCAUCAGGUGGAUCCAGCUUGACAGUAUUUAAAUGAAUGAGCAAUCAGUUUAAAGAAGGAGCACAAGUUUUAAUUUCAUCGCUAAUGUUUGCAUAUCAAAGUCUUUUUGCUGUAUUUUGUAAUCAAUUCUGCAUGUCUUGUAUAUCACAUGCGCUAAGGCUAAUUGGUAAAUAUUUUAUUUUUGUGAGGUGUAUCACUUUUGGAGAGGAGGAAACUUUAAAACAGAUAAAUUGAGUCAUUUUGUUCAAAUACUUUUCACAUUACUAUUGGAUCAAAUAGUUCCUACACAUAAUUUAUGUCCACGUCGUUGAUUUUAUCUAAUUUGUUGGCUGUCAAAAGCACGUAUUUAAUUUGAAUCAAAUGUGCUGCUUGGAUGCAGUAUUUAUCUCUGACACACUGUUUCCUGUUAACGUGAUCUAAUGGGAUGCUUUCAGUAUGUGCGAGCAUCUGUUUUUCUUUGCCUCGGGGCACAUCAAUCGUAUAUUGCCUGUUAUUGAGUGUGUUGGUGGUUCCAGGCUCAAUGUAUGGACUUUUUCAAGCAGACUUAAUGUUUAAGGAAUGUUGAUGAGGCCUCUUUACAUUCUGAUUUUCAUGGCUGUGAACUUUUCCUUCUCUUUUGUCAUAAGACUUAAACCUGUGAUGGAGUACAUUAACAGUAAAUAGCAGGAGUUAGUUUGUGCCACUAGGGGGCAGCACGUGACUAAGGAUUGCAGCCGUGUCAGAGACGGUUUAGCAGCAUGAAAAACCAUUAGAUGAAAGGCCUUUUGAUGUUUUAUUUAUUUUUUUGUUAUUGAGCGUUGAAGCUGUACAUAGGUUGUGAGUUUUUGAGGAACCAUGUUGCCAUAGUCAGGGGGUCGUUCAUUUAGCAAUCUGCAUUGAGACCCGUAGGUUGUGUAGACAUUUACAAGCAGUGCUUGUAUGAACAAACUUGUUUGUAUUUUGUAGGAUGUAACAGUGGAACUGUAACAUUUGGUUAAUAAAAUGAUCAGU